AGAAGAAGUCAUGAUUGGCUUAUUCUGCCUGACGUAAUUUACCCGCGUUUUUGUCGGAAUUUUUUUGUUGGCGGGACUGUCAAGGAGAAUAAUUUGUGUUAUUUCAGACAGCUUCACAAAUAGACCACCAUGGAGUUCGGCCGCAGCAGCAGAAGGAGGAAGGUGAUUGGUCACUCUCAGUCUGAUUACAGGCACUGUCUCCAGCUGUACAGUUUGCCCCCCACUGAAAACAUUUCGCUCUCUGAGUUUGAGACCUUCGCCGUGGAAAGACUCAAACUUCUGAAGACGGUGGAGACUCUGGGGGUGAGCUACGUGAAGGGCUCAGAGGACUACAUCAGGAAGCUCAACGCUGAGAUCUCCAACCUGAGCUUCCCCUACAGGGCAGAGGCAACUGGCGACAAGAAGCAGCAGGUGGGUGCCACGGAGCAGGAGAAGCGGAGGAAGGACCACAUCUCCCACUUCAUCCUCCGACUGGCCUACUGCCAAACGGAGGACCUGAGGCGCUGGUUUAUACAACAGGAGAUGGACCUUUUCCGUCACCGCUUUGGCGAACUGGCCUCCAAACACAAGACCGAGUUUCUGCACCAGAACGAGCUGCGCUACGACACGAUCACCACCGAUGAGAAGACGUCUCUGAUGGAGAAGCUGGUCCAGUCCACCUACUCCAUCAGCGGGGCCUCGGUCCUGGAGCAGGACAUCUACAAGGUCCCUUUCCAGGACGCACUGGAUCUGGUGCGGAUGCGGAAGGUCUUCCUCAGGGCUGGCUAUGCCUACAUCGCCCACCAGGACAUCAUCACCAUCGUCCUGAACGAUUACCGCACGCGGCUGUCCAAAGCGCUCGCUCUGACAGCGAGGUCCCUGCCCACGGUGCAGUCUGACGAGCGACUGCAGCCCCUGCUCGGCCACCUCAGCCAUGCCUACGUGGGCCAGGACUACAGCGUCCAGAAGAACGUUGGGAAGAUCUCCUUGGAGCAGAUUGAUUCGCUGGCGGUGAAGUCGUUCCCGCUGUGCAUGCGGGAGCUGCACCGGUCGCUGCGUGAGCAGCACCACCUGCGGCACGGCGGCCGCAUGCAGUACGGCCUCUUCCUGAAGGGCAUCGGCCUCACGCUGGACCAGGCCCUGCAGUUCUGGAGGGCCGAGUUCGUCAAGGGCAAGGUGGACGCCGACAAGUUUGACAAAGCGUACGCCUACAGCAUCCGACACAUGUUUGGAAAGGAGGGCAAACGCACAGACUACACCCCCUACAGCUGCCUCAAGGUGAUCCUGUCAAACCCUCCCAGCCAGGGUGACCACCACGGGUGCCCCUUCCGUCACAGUGACCCAGAGUUGCUGAAGCAGAAGCUCCAGUCCUACAAGCUCUCUCAGGCCGGGAUCAAUCAGAUUAUGGAGCUGGUGAAGGGGAUGCACUAUCAGCUGGCCUGCCAAAAGUACUUCGAGCUGACGCAUAAUAUCGAGGAUGCAGGAUUCUCCCUUAAUCAUCCUAACCAGUACUUUGCGGAGAGCCAGAAGCUGCUGACGGGGGGGAGGGAGGUAAAGAAAGAGGUAGACUCCCCCUCCACAGGGCAGGGUGCCCCGGCACGCAAGACCUCCGACACAUCGCAGGGAAAAUCUGGCACCCUGACAGAGAGUAAACCUGGCAACCCUGUGCCUGCUGAAGCUGAAAUGGCUGAGGACCUGGACUCUCUGUUUCAGGACGACUGACUGAGGACUCGCACACACUGUGGCUGAUUUAUUAUUUUUGUUUUGUUCUUGUUUUCCUUUUCACUUGUACAAUCUUUUCACAUUUUACACCCCCCUCCCAUUUGUAUUCUUUAAAUAAAGCCCUUGCUUGAAGUUGA